AGUGCUUUUUCUGUUAAUUAUAACCUAUCUGUGAUAAUAAAUAGUUUUUAAUUGGAGGUCAGCAGGGCCCUAAUUUGGUGUGAUGUUUUUUUUUUUCUGGUCACGUUUGUGCGUAAAAGAUGCACUUGCAAAUUAAAACUGGUGUGUAGUAGCUCUGCACGCGAGGUGUGUGUGUGUCUCUAGUGUGUGUGUGUGUGUGAGUGUGUGUGUUUGUGUGUGUGAGAGAGAGAGAGAGGGGAGGGGGAGAGAGAGAGCGAGAGAUGCCAUGUGCUCCGUUUCUACUCGCCAUUUACCUCCCCGGGCUCCUGCAGGAUGGAGGUCCUGUCUGCUGCUGCUGAAACAAACUGAAAUUAACUGACUCCAGCUCCGAGUCUCUGCUGUCACCGCCUCGUCUUCACCUCCUGGACUCACUGGGCUUGAAUUUACAUUUUCUCUAUUUUCACACUAUUUAUCACCAUUUUUCCUUCCUGAACCCCACUGGAGCGUGUCGCCUUUUACGCAGAGAAAGGCUUCCAGGGAUGGAGUCGAUGCCCGGACAGCUUCGAGACGCGGGACGAGACGCCAGCUCUUCCCCGAGGUCCAAGCAGGACGCACCGAGCUUCUCCAGCAGCCUGAAGCCAAACCAAGUGAGCGAGACCUCCUUGUACGGGGUCCCCAUCGUGUGUCUAGUCAUUGACGGGAAGGAGAGGCUCUGCCUGGCGCAGAUUUCCAACACGCUGCUGAAAAACUACAGCUACAACGAGAUCCACAACCGCCGGGUGGCUUUGGGCAUCACCUGCGUGCAGUGCACCCCGGUCCAGCUGGAGCUGCUGCGGCGCGCCGGGGCCAUGCCCAUCUCCUCCCGGCGCUGCGGCAUGAUCACCAAGCGGGAGGCCGAGCGGCUCUGCAAGUCCUUCCUGGGGGCGCACAGCCCCCCGAAGCUGCCGGAGAACUUCGCAUUUGACGUGUGUCACGACUGCGCCUGGGGCUGCAGAGGCAGCUUCAUCCCCGCCAGGUACAACAGCUCCAGAGCCAAGUGCAUCAAGUGCAGCCUCUGCAACAUGUAUUUCUCCCCGAACAAGUUCAUCUUCCACUCGCACCGCACCCCGGAGUCCAAGUACCUGCAGCCAGACGCGGCCAACUUCAACUCGUGGAGACGCCACUUGAAACUGACGGAUAAAAAACAUUCUGACGACAUUAACCACGCGUGGGAGGAUGUAAAGGCCAUGUUCAACGGGGGGAGCAGAAAGAGGACUCUGCCCAUGGGCGGCUCGUCCAUGUCGUCGAUGAAAUCACAGGCCUCGUCCAGCUUGGCCCGAACCAGCUCCCCGGAGAUCCCCCACAAAACUUUACGGUGCGACGAGGACCAGGGGAACACUAACCUGAGUCUGGCGAGCGGCGCACGGAGCUACCCGAUCAUCCCAGUGCCCAGCAAGAGCUUCGGCAUGCUCCAGAAAAUCCCCCCGCCUCUGUUCCCCCAUCACCCCUAUGGCUUCCCCAGCUACGGACUGUGUCAGAAAAAGAGUGAUGGAGUCCCUGACCCGAACAAACCCACUGUGCCCGGGAUGUUCUGGCCUGGCGCAAAGGACACCCUCUACCCUGCCUUCCCCAUGUUCUGGCCCACACCCGGCGGCCUCCCCCUGCCGCCGUACCCGGGCUCCCCACCCAAACCUCUCCCUGAGCUGCCCGGCGUCCGGCAGGGUGAGCUCGACCUAUCUGACCAAAGUGACCGGGGGGCGAACACACCCAAAGACACCAGCUCCCACCACCCCCACCACCAGCAGGACGGCGGGGAGCGCUGCCCCAGCUCCCAGUCCUCAUCCACCAGGAACGACGAGGACAAAUCCGGGGACGAGACACCCCCGAGGAAGAUCAGCUACAUGUCGGCCUUCAGACCCGUGGGCAAAGACGCGGAGACCAUCGCCAAACUAUACAGCAACCGGGACAGCUACAGCGUGCGUCCUGGCUACUUGUCCCCGGAUUUUAUCAGCGAGAGCUCCAGCUACAGAUCGCUAUCCCCGGACCGGGACAGCGUGGUGGACGAAGACGACGACGACCUGGACGUGGAUGUGGAGUCCAACCGGGGACUGGACGAGGAUGAGCCCAUCCGGAUCUCACCGGGAGGGGACCACCGUGACUCCCCUGUGCCGGAGCGCGUCUCCUCGGGUGCUGAGGAGAGCCAGGAGCAGCCGGACGCCUCCAGCCCCGGAGCAUCAGCAGCAUCAGCAUCAGCAUCAGCAGCAUCACCGGAGGAGAGCGCGCACACUGGGUCAUCAGACGAGGACAGGCAGAUGCGUAAUGGCUCUCCUCUUCAUGAAGUGUACGCUCAUGAAAAGGAAAAGGAGCCUUCGUCCUUUGGGUCCAAACAAUCGAGCAGCCCGCGCAGAUCCAACGGAGCUCAUCACGUGUCUGAGAUACACAACCAACGCACUGCAGCAGCCUAUCAGGAGCACAGGGGCAGACAAGCCGAUGGGGCUUUACGCAUCGACAUCAGCGUGCAUGAAAGAGAUCUGGAGAACAUGGCGAAAGAGGAGUUGCAGAAGCAGCUCGUGGAGCAAGUGGAGCUGAGGAAAAAGUUGGAGAGAGAAUUUCAGCAUUUAAAAGAGUUUGCAUCUGACGUGGCCUUCGGUUCUUCAGAUAAUUUCCAGGAUCAAAUGAAGCGUGAGCUGUCCUACAGAGAGGAAAUGGUCCAGCAGCUGCAGAUUGUUCGAGACACUUUGUGCAGCGAGUUGGACCAAGAGAGAAAGGCUCGUUAUGCAAUACAGCAGAAGCUAAAAGAAGCUCACGACGCCCUUCACCAUUUCUCCUGCAAGAUGCUCACCCCUCGUCAGUGCACGGGAGCCUGCACCUUCAAACCCCCGCUGCUGCCUCCAUAGUGCCCGGCACGACCCCUGCACCUGACCCCCCAGCACAGCCAAAAAAAAAAAAAGAAAACACACCCACACCCACACACACACAGAUUCACCUCGAGAGCUCUCAUGUGUUCACCUCUCACCUGUGACCCCAGGAUUUACCCACCUGCUGUACAGACACACCACUCAUCUCAGCACUUGAGCGAAGACGUCGAGGCCUCGCAGAAGAUUCUGGCGGCGACGUCUCCUCAGAACAACUGAACUCUUGAGUAAACAAGAGAUCAGGAUUUACUUCAGUUCAUUUUACGUUGCGAAAUCAAGGGAUUGUCGAUCUGAGGCUGCGACGCUGACACCAAGGAGCCUCUCUGUCCGUCUGCUCUUUAGCUAUUCUGAAAAGAAGAAAAAAAAAACAAUAUACAUAUACAUAAAUAUAUAUCACGUGACAAUGUGCAAUGGCUUGUAUAUUUGUGAUAUUAAGUUGAAGAUGUAUCUCAUUUAUUUAGCUUUUGUUGCUUGUUUGAACAUGUUGAGUUUUUACAUCUCUGUGUUAUUUAUCUGUCUUUGCUUUCAUGUAUUGUUUAGAUGAUUUGUAUGUUGUUAAGCACUUUAAAUGGGCAACAUUUCUGAAUUUGACCAUGCCGUCCGAUACCAAAUUCUUAAAGUAGAGGGAUUGCUUUUGUUUGAAUGGAGCACAUUAUUGUGAGCACUUACUUCCGCAGCCGUUCAGGUUUGAUAUCAAACGUUAAAACACUUUCUGUCACCGAGCUGCGUCUCACACGAACUUUGAAGUGAUGAUUAAAAGUCUUGAGCCAUUUCUAGGUACCAUGUACAGUUUACAGUAUUUUAUCACAUAGGUUCCUCUGUUUCAGGGUUUUUUCUAUCAUCACACGCCUCUGUGAGUCCAAACAGACAAAACCAAAACUUUUUCCUAUCAUCUGAUGGUGUUUUUUAAGACUCUGUAUAAAAUACACGUUAACUGCCAUUCACACAGCUGCUUUUCUUUUCCUCUCAUUUGUUGAAUUUGGUUUGUUAUUUAAAAAAAAAAAAAGAAAAAAAUACAAAGAGUCCUUCUAAAAGAAAUAAAUCCUGGUUUCACAGUCUCGACAUAAUUUUACCAUUCAUGUAUGUACCCAUGUCAAUAUGAAUAAAACGUGAAAGCUAUA